UGCAGUCUGUGGCUGCGCCCCUUGUUGCGCUUCCGGUACGAAUGUUCGAGUCUAUCAUAGUAUCAUCGCCUUGUCGACCACUGUAGUGGCGUCUAUAUUGAUCAUCUCACACACACCACACUCGUGAAUUCCGGCGUCGUUGCCCAGCGUGCUGCGUUGCCCUCUGCUCCAUGGCGCUCCCAAUUCUGCCUGGCAACCACUUCCCUCGGCCCGUUCCCAAGACAUCAUGCACAGGCUAUAAUAGCUGCAAUCAGACAGGGCCGCGCUCGAGGUCGUACCUCGACUCUCCCGCCCUUUAACUAUGGCCACUACUCUCCCGUCCUUCGUGGAGCUCAUGGCGACUUUGGGUCUUGAAAAUUCGCCUGGACUGCCAGUCCUCCACAAAGAUACGGUGCCUGUUAGCCUUGGGCACCGUGUUCACCACUCUCGCUCUUCUUCUGCAUCUUCUUCUAGUUCGCUGUCUUCUUCACUAUCUAGCACUGUCUCUCCACGACGGCCCCUCGUACGCCUAGAGGGAUCAUCCGCCAUGGAAUCCGAGAGCACGCCAUCAGACCGAGACUGGGAUACGGAGAGGCGUCGGGUCCGUGUACCUCGCUUCGCACCAUACGCACCCUCCAUCUCGCACAUGAGAAAGCGAAGUACCCCCGCCUUCAUCAAAGAAGAGAUAGAGGAAGUACCUGUACGACCAUUAUCUACAUCGCCUUAUUUAUCUCCGACGACCUGUGGCGUCCCUCGGCGUGCGUCGCAUAACGCUUUGCGACAAUCCUAUGCUCGCCCACGCAAGCUUGUCCUUUCGCAGUCCGAUUUGACCGCGAACACCCCGAUAUCCACAUUCGUCCGUCGCAAGACACCACAAGGAUCACCGACGUCCCCUUCCUUCUCCCACCGCAUCCGGAAGAGGUCAUGCAGUCCAGUGCAGCCCGUCUUGAUCCCUACUCUCCCCCAUGUAUUCCCUCCCCCGGAGACGUGGAAGUACGCCUCUUCGGACACAGAGGAUGAAGACAUGCACGAUGCCCAUGCAUGAGCUACGAGAGCAUCGUCUGACUCGUUCAGAUUGCAUUGCCCUACACAACCCGUCCUGCACGAUGCCGCAUCAGAGCGGCGUGCCGUGCGAGUCCUCACCCGCCAUGUCUCUAUCAGACUUAACUUUAUUCCUCCGGACUUAUAGCCAUCGCUGUAUCUUCCAUCCCACACUGUACC